AUGGUCUUUACCCAUGUAGUUGAGCAAUCGGACUGCCAAGGGUUACUGAAAAACAUUCUAAUGAGAAGAAAAAUAGAACAUCGUAUUACCCUAAGGAAACUGGUCAUGUUUUUUGCAUUGUUGACUUUAUUUGGUAUCAUAUAUUUUGGUUACUUUUGUUCAGACAACCGUUGUUCAUUAUCCUACAACCCUAAGCCUGCAAUUUAUUCGGAAUGGACGGUAAUGAAUCUUCUAUCGACCAACAUAACUGACUUUAAAAGUGCCAAAGACACAGGUACAGGAGUGAGUUACAUUGAUAUGCAGAGUGAAAAUCAAUUACGUUUUGACAUGAAUGCACAUGAUGUCAUGGUGUUUUUGCAUAUACAGAAAACCGGUGGUACAUCAUUUGGACGUCAUCUUGUACAAGAUUUAGACUUACAGCGUCCUUGUACAUGUCAAAGAAAAAGAAAGUUAUGCUAUUGUUUCAGACCUAGUCGAAAUGAAAAUUGGCUCUUUAGUCGAUAUUCUACUGGAUGGAAAUGUGGACUCCAUGCAGAUUUUACUGAAUUAACUGGAUGUGUUGAUUCCGAACUUGACAAAAAUGAAGGGAAAUCCAUUAAACGAAGAUAUUUCUAUCUUACUUUAUUGAGAGAUCCAGUUAGCCGUUACCUUUCUGAAUACAAACAUGUGCAAAGAGGAGCAACUUGGAGAAUGUCUAGACAUUGGUGUGGGGGUCAUCCAGCAUCACUUGAAGAAUUGCCAAAAUGUUAUAAUGGUACAUUUUGGACAGAUGUUACAUUGAAUUCGUUUGCAGAUUGUCCAUAUAAUUUAGCAGCUAAUCGACAAACAAGAAUGUUAGCAGAUCUAUCUCUGAUUGGUUGCUAUAAUUCUUCAUAUAUGAACCAAGAAGAACGGAACAGGGUCAUGCUAGCAAGUGCUAAAAGAAAUUUAUUAUCAAUUGCAUUUUUUGGACUCACUGAAUUUCAAAAAUUAAAUCAGUACAUAUUUGAAGAAACAUUUAAUUUAAGAUUUGCAGUAACAUUUACGCAACACAAUACAACUCUAUCUGCUGUUUAUAAAUCUUUAUUAAAUGAUGAAGAGCUGGAAAAAGUGAAAAAAAUAAAUGCAUUAGACAUAGAACUGUACAAUUUUGCAAAACAUUACUUGUUUCGACGAUUUGAAAAAUUACGAGCUAAAAACCCAAAUUUUAAAGAACGAUGGGCACAUUUAGGCCAACUGCCAAGUCAAACUGCAUUUGACUGGGAAAAAGAAGUAGAGACUGAAGCUGCUGACAACGAGGUAAAUUAUACGUAG